GCCAUGUCGAAAUGGCCAGAUGCGACAAACAAAUACGCAGCGACAUCCAGGACACCAAUGCCAGAAGAUGAUAUAUCCAGCUCGCCACCAUCUGUCAUCCCCUCGGAUAUGGAGAAACAACAGAUCGAGGAAAACAUUUGCCCGGACAAGGUUUCUGCAUUCAAAGGCCUAGGCUGGCUAGAUCGUUUUCUGGCAGUUUGGAUUUUGCUGGCUAUGGCUAUUGGAAUCUUGCUAGGGAAUUUUGUACCGCAGACAGGGGAAGCAUUGCAGAAGGGACAGUUUGUGGGUGUGAGUGCGCCGAUUGCGGUGGGAUUGUUGGUCAUGAUGUAUCCCAUCUUGUGCAAAGUGCAAUACGAAACCUUACAUCUCGCCUUCAAAACACGAGAAUUAUGGAUUCAAGUCGGUUUCAGCAUUAUUGUCAAUUGGUUGAUUGCACCAUUCUUGAUGCUCGGGCUUUCGUGGGCAUUUCUUCCUGACGAGAGUGGAUUGAGAGAAGGACUUAUUCUUGUGGGAGUGGCGAGAUGUAUUGCCAUGGUGUUGAUCUGGACUGGUCUUGCUGGAGGAGAUUCGCAGUAUUGCGCCAUCCUCGUCGCCAUAAACUCCAUCUUGCAAAUGGUGCUGUUUGCACCUUUGGCCAUUUUGUUCAUCAACGUCAUCAGUGACCCGGACACCAAAAUCGAAGUCGAGUAUAGCACCGUGGCCACUUCUGUGGCAGCUUUCCUCGGGAUCCCUCUGGCUGCUGCCAUCAUCACUCGCUUUGCCAUUCGCAAAUUCUCGGUCCAAUGGUACGACACGGUGUUUCUCAAGUGGGUGGCCCCAUGGUCCCUCAUCGGCCUCCUCUACACCAUCAUCGUCCUCUUCGCAUCCCAAGGCCACCGCGUAGUCCACCAAAUCGUCUCUGUCGUCCGCGUCGCCGCUCCCCUCAUCGUCUAUUUUUUCGUCAUUUUUUCCUUGACACUAUACGUCACGCACAAACUGGGCUUUGGGUACAAGUUAUCCACCACUCAGGCUUUUACGGCCGCGAGCAACAAUUUUGAGCUUGCGAUUGCGGUGGCGACGGCGACGUAUGGGGCUGAUAGCGAUCAGGCGCUUGCUGCUACUGUGGGUCCGUUGAUCGAGGUGCCCGUGUUGCUUGGGUUGGUGUAUGUGGUAAGAUGGAUUGGAAAUCGAAGGCAGUGGAAAGCGUGA